CGAGGUAAACAUUUCGGAUCUAGAAUCCAAGAUGGCGGUGGAUUCACCGAGUUCGGCUGACACUUUGAGACGACUAGCUUUGUCUCUCGCCGCCUUGAAGCCAGCACCAUGGGACAAGGUAAAGAAGAUGUCGAGGCUCUGCCCAGGCCGUCCAUCGUCGCCAUCAGAAUCAUUUGUCUUGGACCAAAGAGGACAGGAAGCCAUAUUAGCCUUGGGUUACUAUGAGCUUCAGUCUGGUUUGGAGUACAAGGCUAAGAUAAUGCCAUAUCUAAUUGAUGUUCUCAAUGGACUUCCGAAAGCUAAAUGGAUUGAGUCACAGCUACCAAUAGUGAAGACCCCAGUUGCGGGGGAAUUUGCUCUCAAGUUUGUGAGUCUGAUGAGUUGUUUGGCAGAGAAAGACAAAUCUUCAGCUGUCAAAAUCACAGCAGCACAGUGUAGCGUGUUUGAAGUGCUCGUGGGGCAAUGUUGUGCCUUCAAAAAUACAAAAGAUGUAAAAUCUAAAGAAAACCUCUGCAAGUACACACUUCCUUUACUCAUCGGUCUGUCUCAAGCACUGGGAGUCUCCAAGAUCUGCAAAGGCAAUGAAGUACUCAUUUCACAAGUCCUUAAUCUGCAAUUCUCUCCUUCCAAGCCAGGCUCCAGACCCAUGCUACCACGGCCCUUGGUGAGGAGGCCCUUGCAGGGUCAGACAGAAGGCUCUUGCACUGCACCUUUAACAACUAAUCAACUAGAAUCUCUGGUUGCACAGAUAGAGAAAUUUCUAAAUGCAGAGCUUCUCCAAAAGCUGGACACCUUACUGGAGGAAUGUGUUAAGACAAGUGUCAUCCCAUCAAACUUUCCUCUGCAUUCCUUGAGUGAGGUGCUCACACUGUCUAUGGUCACUUUGCUAAGAGAUCUGUACCAAACUACUCCAGGUGUUUCCCCAAAGCACAUUAGUCGAGGUCAGGAACUAGGCAAAGCCAUUUUCAUGGCAGAGAGAUCAGAUAUGCAGAAGAAGAAAGACUACAGAACACAGACACUCAAAUGGAAACUUCAAACUGUGUCUGCAAGCAUUGAUCUGAUGGUCUGGACAGCCCAGGAUGAGCAAGAUGCUGAGACUUUGUGCCAAAACAUCUCUGAGUUCCUGUGCUCUACCAUGGCUACAUCACUAGUCCAGACUGACAUUAGCAUCUUUACCUGCUGCCUGGAAGGGCUGGGAACCCUGUGUGAGAAGUUCCCAUCCAUGGCCAGCCUGGUGUUAUCUAGUUUCCGUGUGUUCUUACUCAACCCGGCACCUGUUGUCUCUAAGUGCUGUGUGUCUGAAAAGAAGCCAGGAUCCGGCAUCAUCAUGACCCUGUCUAGUGCCGAGUCCAACAGCACACCACAAGUCACCGUUGGACAUGCUCCUGCCAAACCCAACUUAACCAACACUUUGUGCCAGGAACUGAGGAAAGAAGCUCUAGAAAAUAUAUGCAGGUCAUUGAAAGCUGGUCUCAUCAAUGAUGAGAAUUGUGUCCAGGCUUUCCUGUCCUCUGUGUCCAACAAAUUGUACACAAUUGACACAAAAGAUGAAGAGACAGCAUCACUGAUGUCCACCAAUGCUAUCCUGACUCUCGGCCAUGUUGCCUUUAUGAUGCAUGAAGUGCCUGACACAGUCGAGUCAGUUCUAACCAUCAUGCAACACAGGUUUUGCCACCCACCUUCAUCCCUGGACCCUCUCAUCGUAGAGCAGCUAGGAUAUCUCAUAUUGGUGGGCUCGGAUCAAAUUUACCAGCAGAUUAUGGGAAUGUUCAUGAAGAUCACAGUGGAUGCCGGCUCACUUGCGUACUCACGGGAAACCACCCUGAAUGAAACAACCCAGGGAUACAGACACUGUGCACUGGCAGUUCUGAACGCUUACUCAAACGUGGCAGCCAACCUUAAAGGGGAAACCAAGUUACAAGACUUCCUAGUAAGGCUGCUGGAGCUAUUUGUGCAGCUGGGACUGGAGAGCAAGAGGGCGAGCGAGAAAGCCUCCUUUGCCAUCAAGGCUUCCUCCAGUGCUGGCAAUCUUGGCGUGCUCAUCCCCGUCAUCGCCACAGCCAUCUCCCAACUGCCGCCACUGGAAGACCCCAAGCCCCGACUUCACAAGCUGUUCUGGGACUUCUGGCUGUACUGCGUGGUGAUGGGUUUUGGGGUGGAGGGCUCCACCCUAUGGCCACAGGAGUGGUAUCUUGGGGUGUGUGCGAUCGCCGUUAAGUCCCCACUGCUGCUUGGUGCAGAACAUCUUCGAUCGAGACUCAUGUACAACUCGGCGCUUAAGAAUGAUUCUGUUGCUCCGGCUGAGCUUAAUGAAGUGCGUUUGGCGUUACUUGACAACCUUGGCAACCCGCCAGAGAUCGUCACCCUCGUCAACAAACUCAACUUCGGCCAGUGCACCUACCUGCUAUCAGUCUACAAACUAGAAACACUCCGUGUAUCUUCCGAGUCCAGCUCAAUCCACUCCAUAUUUUCAUACCUGGAAGAUCGGGCAGUACAAAAAGACAAAGCAGGUAUGUGGCAAUGCAUCUCCGCCAUCGGCGACAAGGUGUUCAAAGCUUUUCUCAACACGAUGGCGAACAAGUCUCGCACGCCGUCACGUGAGCUAGAACUCGAGGGGCAUGCGCAGUACCUGCUCAUUAAAUUCAACCAUCUGCACAAGCGAAUCCGCCGUGUGGCUGAUAAAUACUUGUCUGAACUCGUCGAUAAGUUUCCCCAUCUCUUGUGGAAUGGCAAGGUCCUUCACUUUAUCCUGGACUUACUACAGACGCUAUCAGAGUCGCUUGAACAACCGGAAAGUCACCAGACGGUUCAGAUGCUCGUUCCCGGGACCUCAUACACUCUGGCCGUGCACGAAGAGAUGGAUGGGAGGGAGGGGACGGUUAGGGACUUUUCUGCUCGCUGUAGCGGCAUCCUGAAAGAGGCCAUCAAAUGGGCCCCGGAGGCCACUCUCUCACUGCUACAGGACUACCUGCUGAAGUUCGAACACGUGUCUGUUGGUAUGACUCACCAUACAGGACUGGCGCUGGCUAUGGAGAACAUCGUGCAGUUUGCAGGACUCAACCCCAGGUCCAUGUGUCUUAGUAGUGCUGCUCUAGACAAGAGACCGAGUUGCGUCAAAAAGGGUCUGGAUCAAGUGCCGUCCGGGCUAACUAUGAGAAGUAGAUACCAGGGGGAGAUUGUUGGCAUGAUGGCGAUGGUUGAGGCACAGUCUAAGGACGUUCGCGAUGUCAGCACCAAGCUUUGCCGAGUGCUGAACAAGCAGCUUCAAGACAGCGUGACGGUGGCUGGUGAGGCUUACGUCUCAGCCAUGUUCAAGGCUUCUGCUUUCCUUGUCACAACUAAAGACGUUGAUAAACAGCUGAUGCAUGACGUGUGCUGGUGCCCUGCGCAGAUCUUUACCAAGGAAUCCAUGGCAACAGCUGUAGCAUGCUGGGAAUGGAUCCUGGGGGCAAGAAAGGACGUUGAGCUGCAGAUGAUGCGUGAAAUAAGCUGCGCUUGGCAAUGGACUGUUUGUAGGCGGGUUGGGUUGUUCUCACGUGACACUGUCCCAGAGAGUCCGCUGGCCUCUUUUGACGACAAUUCUCCUCCCAAGGCCCCGGAUGUUGCACCUCAUGACAUCUGGAUCAGGUUUCUGGCCCAGCGGUUUGAGAUGGUUAAAUACUACAGCACUGAUCAGGUACAAAUCAUCAUGACACUUGUGCAGCGCUCCCUCCCCCUCUCAGUCAGUCGGGAUAACUUCAUGUCCCGUCACGUUGCGGCUGUUCGCCCGCGGUUUCGACUACUGUCCCUCGGGAUGGCUGUGUUGCAGGGUGACUUUCUUGGAAACUCUGUGGCGAAGAAUGUGCUCAGGGAGCGAGUCUAUUGCAACGCACUUGACUACUUCAGUAUCAAGCCUAUGUGGCCGGUCACCGAUAGCACUGAAUUGCGUGUGGAUGUGACUGUUCUUGUCAAGUUCUGGCAAGCCAUCCUUGCGGACAAGAAGUACAUGAAGCAUUUCAUGAUGUCUCCGGUGGAUUCAUAUCCACUCGGGGCUCAGUCGUCAGGCUCACAUUACUCAAGCUCACAUACGGAUCUAGGGCCAUACUUGCAAGGCAACCGUUGGAUGAAUACUAUCCCCCUCUCGAGUAAUGUGUCAUCCAGGCGUUCCACGAGCGCAUCUAAUGAGCGGGACUCGCCAGGCAAUCAGCAUACUGUACGGGACUACCUCAAGAGACGUAACCUGAUCCUGGCCCUUGUCCGCAGAGAGGUGGAGAGACUGUCCACCUGGCACAACUCACUAGCGCAGCCAGAAAUGUCCUUUGAGGGUGAGACAUCGAUGACUAACUGGGCAAACCAAACGCUGUUCACUGAGCGUAAUUGGCGUGACUUGGUGCGUCUGGCUUGGCUCAUCUCUCCUGGAAUCGCCGUUCACCUGCCAACAAGAUACAAAGACGUACCGAUAGUGCAACGGGAGGUCUCACGUCUUGUCCGAAACAACCCAAUCGCAGUGGCCCACAUUCCGGACGCCUUGCACUACAUCGUCACAGAGUCUACAGUCAAGAUGGACAUCCCCGAGCUAACGCAUGCGCUGUGCUGGUCGGCCGUGCCUCCAGUACAAGCCAUCGCCUUCUUCUCACAACAAUACCCUCCUCAUCCUCUGACAGCUCAGUACGCGAUCCGCGUCCUGCAGUCCUUCCCGCCCGAUUCCAUUCUUAUUUAUAUCCCACAACUUGUUCAGGCGACGCGUUAUGAUGCGCUUGGUUUUGUUACGGAGUACAUCAUUUGGGCCGCACAGCAUUCACAGUUACUAGCCCACCAGUUGAUCUGGAACAUGAAGACCAACAUGUUCGUGGACGAGGAGGGCCUUCACAAGGACUCGCAGAUCGGUGACCAUCUGGACCAGCUCAUCGGGCGAAUCACGAGCACCGUGUCUGGACCAGAACGCGAUUUCUACACACGAGAGUUCGAGUUCUUUGACAAAGUCACCAACAUAUCUGCCGUUAUCAAGCCAUUCCCGAAGGGUCCCGAGCGCAAAGAGGCGUGUCUUAGGGCGCUGGGUGAUAUCCGGGCCGAGAAGGGCGUGUACCUGCCUAGCAACCCCGAGGCGAUGGUGCUCGAGAUUGACCAGACUUCCGGUACGCCCAUGCAGAGUGCGGCAAAGGCGCCAUUCCUCGCCAAGUUCAAGGUCAAGCGCAUGGGCAUCGCUGAGCUAGAGAGCAUCAACGUCAAAAAAGAUUUUCCCUGUGACUCAGAUGAGGCGAACCAGGAAAACCCUAACGUGUACUGGCAGGCGGCCAUCUUCAAGGUCGGCGAUGACGUACGACAGGACAUGCUCGCGCUGCAAGUUAUUUCUCUGUUCAAGAACAUAUUCGAGCAGGUCGGUCUGGACGUGUACCUCAAGCCCUAUAGAGUAGUGGCCACCUCGCCAGGGUGUGGUGUCAUCGAGUGCGUGCCCGACUCCAAGUCACGUGACCAGCUAGGGCGUCAGACCGAGGUGGACUUGUACGAGUACUACUUGAAGACGUACGGAGAUGAAAGUACGCCUGCCUUCCAACAGGCCCGGUCGAACUUUAUAAAGAGCAUGGCGGCGUACUCCAUAGUAAGCUUCUUGUUGCAGAUUAAGGAUCGUCAUAAUGGCAACCUGAUGCUGGAUAGAGAAGGCCAUAUUAUUCAUAUCGAUUUUGGAUUCAUGUUCGAGUCGUCUCCGGGUGGUAACCUGGGUUUUGAGCCGGACAUGAAGAUUUCCCACGAGAUGGUUAUGAUCAUGGGUGGUACCAUGGAGUCCCCACCUUUCAGGUGGUUUAUGGACCUAUGUGUCAAGUCCUAUCUAGCAGUAAGACCCUACCAGGAGGCGCUCGUGUCUCUAGUCGCCUUGAUGUUAGACACAGGGUUACCAUGCUUUCGGGGCGAGACACUUAAACGCCUCAGGGCGAGGUUCAGCCCAGCGCAAAGCGAGAAGGAAGCUGCUACCUACAUGUCCAAGGUCAUCCGGGACUCCUACCUCAACUACAGGACACGAGUUUAUGACCUUAUCCAGCUGGCGCAAAACCAGAUUCCCUGCUAGACAACGUGAUUUAGGGGGGAGUAAGAUUUACUGAUAACUCGUCAAGGGUAUACUCUCCUGCGCAUGGCUUUCAGAUUACCUGCUAGACAACGUGAUUUGAGGGAGAGUAAUAUUUACUGAUAACUCAUCAAGGGUAUACUCUCCUGCGCAUGGCUUUCAGAUUACCUGCUAGACAACGUGAUUUGAGGGAGAGUUUCCUUUGCGUCACGUAGCCACCAUUAAUGAACAUUGGAUAACGCUAAACGAACGAGCUUCGUUGACGACAAUGAAGACUGUGCCGUGUAGAAUGUGGUGAUAAUCUUAUUUACAGCCGGUUAAAAGCGUCUUUAUAAAUAAUUAUUUAAUUGAAUCAUAUAGUAUCAACGAAUUUUAAUGUUAUAUGUACAAAGUAAGAAAAAGGUAGAUAAUGGAAAAAGAGAGAGCUCAAUCCUGAUAGUUCAUUAUUAUGGUUUCACCGUUACACUAAUAAACCAAUUCUAUGUCUAA